AUGACCGCUGCCGCUUUGCCGCUAAUCGCCAUGGGGCGUCUUUCGCAUCCCAAGGCGAGUUUUCUUGAUGUUCAUCUUGCGAAUGGACAUUCUUCUACUACAACUACGACGACUACGACUACAACGAUAUUCGAAACGGUAGAGAACUACUUCCCGCCUGUGUUCAAGUCGGAUAUCACUCCACUACGCCUGGCACCGCCGCCAAGAGAGGAAUCUACGAGAGUUCAGUUGCAGCGACAGCGAUUGAGGGAACAGCACAAGAGACAGCAUUCUGUUAGCACGACGAUUCCUGGCAUCAAGACCUCGGCUGCAUUCUUCGCUUCCCUUCGCACGAAUCUCCGUCUGCACGCCUCACCGCCGCCGCCGAGCCCGAUCUCAACGCCGAAUUCUAUGCGCGGAUCUGCAGCAUCCUUGCCGCCACCGUCACCGCUGUCUGUACCCGUCAUGGAGAACGACAUUGCCGAAACGCCAGCUUCCGAGGACCCGUUGGCGGGCGUGCCGGAGUUGAGGUCGUACUUGACCACGAACGAGGCUGAGCGGACAGGUGCGCUGAAACUGGUCGCAGAUAGUGUCGCACAGCAGCGGAAUGCUACGAAUGGGGCCAUCAUCUUCAGUCCGAUCAAUUUGACGGUGCUGGUCGCGGUGAUUGCGUUUCUGGGGAAGGUCAUGAUGGAUCGUGGGUAUGACGAGUGGGCUGUGGGAUCGACUUCGGUUGGUCUUGUUAUGGCUGGGUUGAUCUUUUGCCGGUUUGCGACGGCGAGGUACCUAAGAGAAGCGGAAGCGAUUAAUUGGGAAUGGGCUGGAGACGUUGAUGUGCUGGUGACCAAGUUUGGGGAUGAUGUGAUUGGUGCACUGCUGGUUGAAUGGUUGUCGGGGGAGAGUAGGAAGAAGAAUAAGAAGGCGUGGAGAGGUCUGAUAAGAGCUUGGACUGUGAAGCUGAAAUAUCGCGGGAAAGGAGUGGGGAGUGGGUUGCUUGAUGAAGCUGUGAAAGAGGCUAAGAAGAAGGGUGCUGAGGGGCUUGAGUUUGAUGAUACCCAUGCGAACUCCGUGCGUAUCCUGCCCAGUAUUUAUAACGGAGCUUUCGACCGGGCGGAUCGCAAAGCAAGGGAGAAGUUGGAGAAUCUGCUGGAGGCGAGCAGUCCUCGGGGACAUAAGAAGAAGCGUUCCAACUCAUGA